AACUGUUUGGACGUGUUAAGCGGACGAAAUUGCAAAAAAUUGUUGUCAGUGCCGAACGCCUAUGGCCAGAGUGUAUUAGUGAUGUUAGCUGCCAACAUAUGUGUGACUUUUUAGAAGUUUUAGUGUACCAGUGACCGUGUGUGUGUGUGUGAGUGACUCUGUGUGUGAGCACGGGCAAUCUGCCAAAAAUAAUAAAAUCACAAUUCUAUGGCAGACAACUCAAUGUAACUGUUAGCUGGCAAAGGAUUCAGUUCCAGCAACGCCGCUGUGUCGCGUCCUGUGGCCAAAGAUAACGAGGUACAUACAUAGAUGUUUUCCCAACAACAAGGACAACGGCGGAAGUUUUUGAAAUAUUUGUAGAGAAGCAAACAAAAGGCCAGGCGAGGUUCAUGUGUGGACUGAUCCCAGGACCAAAAAUAAACAAUACAAACAGCAUAAAGACAAAACCAGUGAAAAUUUGCCUCAAUUAAAUUCUCCUACACAUUUAAGCAAACAUCAACACAUGCAACGGAAUGGAUUUAGUCAAGCACAUAGUAAACCAGGCCAAAAUAGUGCUCCUGCUGGUGUUGGCCCCUUGGUACGUUCUGGCCACAAGCGGCUUACGUGUACCCACAUUUCUGCUGGAACCCUCUCCGCGUCUAUUCUUUGGGAACGAUAGUGGGGCACAGGUUAGCUGCACAGCACAUGGGAAUCCGCCGCCAGUCGUGUCCUGGGUGUUACGCGAUGGCACGCUGGCAACACAAGUGCCAGGACUGAGAAAAAUAUCUGGCAAUGGCACAUUGCACUUCCCACCAUUUUUGGCGCAAUAUUAUCGCACGGAUGUGCAUGAAGCCACCUACCGAUGCCGGGCCAGCAACGAGGCGGGCACCAUAUUGAGUCGGAAUGUGCAGGUGCAAGCAGUGGUCCGUCGUCAAUUCCAUGUGCACGUGGAAAACACUGAAGUCUAUUUGGGAAAUUCGGCGUUGAUUAAGUGCGCCAUACCGGAAUAUGUACGUCCCUAUGUGCGCGUGGCCAGUUGGCAUCGUGGUGAGGAGAUACUACUGCCGGAUCUGUCGGAUGUGGCGGGUCGCUAUGUGGUGCUAGCUGCCUCCGGUGAUCUAUACAUCCGUUCUGUGCGUUCCGAGGAUGGUUUGAUGAAAUUUAGCUGUCUGGUAACAAAUACAUUGAAUGGUGAACGUCAACGCAGCGAUGCGGUAACGCUACAAAUCAAAGAGCUAAGCAAAAAUUUGGCACCGCGUACCACACAGAAACCCGUAAUGGAAAUCCAAGUUGAGCGUGGAAAUGAUGUGCAUCUUCCUUGCAAUAUUCAAGGAAAUCCAUUUCCCAUAUUCACCUGGUAUCGUGUUUCCGAUUCGGCGGCUCUAUAUCCCAUACCCUCAUCACAGCGUGUGAUACUUUCACGAACGUUGUUGCUCAUCAAAAAUGCUGACGAACGCGAUGCGGGCAAGUGGAUUUGCCAGGCGUCGAAUCAGUUUGGCGAGCAGCGCAUCGAAAUACGCCUCAAUGUCAAUUCGUAUGUGUCUGUGCAUAUAUUGCCGCAAGUUCAAAUUGUCAAUUCGGGCGGAACGGCAAUUUUCAAUUGUACAACAACGGGUUCAGCGAUCGAUGCCAUCGACUGGCUGCACAAUGGAAAACCGCUGCAAGAGAAUCAUGCACUAGCCACUGGCAGGGAUAACAUACGCUUUCUGUCGAAGAGUUCGUUGCUGGUACAGAAUGUGGGACGACGCGACCGCGGUGUCUAUCAAUGUCUUGUCGAGAAUCAGCGAGCCAGUGCACAGGCCAUGGCCGAACUGAAGCUGGGCGACACUGUGCCCGAAUUGAUUUACACCUUCAUUGAGCAGAACGUGCGUCCGGGACCAUUAAUAUCGCUUAAGUGCUCUGCCAGCGGCUCUCCGCCACCGCAAUUUGCCUGGCUUUUGGACUCCCAGCCCAUUAUGGAUGUCUCGCUGCAUCAUCGAUUUGCAAUUGGGCAAUUUGUCGACAUGUCUGGCGAUGUGAUAAGCCAUUUAAAUAUCUCACAUGUGCGUCCGGACGAUGGUGGCCUCUACAAGUGUGUGGCCAGUAAUUCGAUGGGCAGUGUACAGCAUUCGUCCAGGUUAAAUGUUUAUGGACCACCGUAUGUGCGAGCCAUUGGACCGAUUAAAGCUGUUGCCGGCGAGGAUAUAACUGUCCAUUGUCCAUUUGCCGGCUAUCCAAUCGAACAAAUUAGAUGGGAGAAGGCGCAUCAGGAAUUGACAACAAGCAUGCACUACGAGUUGGCCACAGUGCUCGAGGGCGGACAUCUUGUCAUCAAGAAUGUGGAGCCAAGUCGGGAUCAAGGCAUCUACACGUGCAUUGUGCGGAGUCGGGCGGGUGAGGAGGCGAGACGCGACAUGCAACUGAAUGUGAACAGUCCGCCUGUCAUUGAGGCCUUCAAGUUUCCUAAGAAUCUACAAGAGGGUGGUCGCGCCCAAAUCACCUGUGCAGUGUCCUCCGGCGACAUGCCCAUCUACUUUAGCUGGAAAAAGGAUGAGAGCACCAUAUCCAGCAGUUUGCAGAUUACGGAAAAGAAAGAGGAAUUCUAUUCGCUGUUGGUGUUUAAGGAUAUCAGUUCGAGGCACAGUGGGAAAUACACCUGCUAUGCCAGCAAUGCGGCUGCCAAGGUGAACUACACGGCAGAGUUGCAAGUGCGAGUGGCCCCACGUUGGAGCUACGAGCCUAUGGACACGGCCAUUAUGCUGGGCAAUACAAUAUCGAUAAAUUGUGAGGCGGAAGGAUAUCCAAUUCCAGCCAUUACCUGGUUCAAGGGACAAGGCAAAACCUCCAAGGACUUUAAGGCAUUGAGCAUGCGUAAUCACUCGCUAUUGCUGAACCUUGCCACUGAUAACGAUGAGGGUUAUUACAUGUGCCAGGCCACAAAUGAAAUAGGAGUCGGUCUCAAGAAGAUAAUACGCAUCAAUGUUAAUGAACCUGCCCGCUUUGAGCAACCUGCACGCAAUAUUAGUUCACGUCGGAAUGAUCCUGUUACCCUGGACUGCCAGGCCAAAGGCGAUGAGCCAAUCACAAUUGGCUGGACUCACAAUAACGGACGCAUCGAUUUGAAUAACUUUCGUUUUAGCAUUGCCGAGAUGAAGACCGAGAAGGGGGUGGACUCCCAGUUGACCGUGGCCCAUUCGGACCGUCAUGAUUCGGGCGUUUAUCGUUGCAUAGCCGAGAACCCAUAUGGCCGGGCGGAACAAAUCAUUUAUCUUGCCGUACAAGAACGUCCCGACACACCAUCCAAUUUGGAGAUCUUUGAAGUCGGCUCUCGCACCGUCAAACUUAGCUGGCGGCGUCCCUUUGAUGGCAAUUCACCAGUACUAAGCUAUCUUGUUCAAUAUCAGGCCCUGAAAUAUCUGCAAUCACACGCAUCCCUUGGAGCAGCUGGCGGCAACUGGAGCGGCAUGAAUGUCAUCAAUGUGAGUCUGCCGUCGACAAGCAUUAGUCGCAGCUAUGACAGUGAUUUGAGAGAGAGUGCCAUAGUGGCAGGUCUUACGCCAGCCACAACAUUCCUCAUUCGCAUGCAAGCCAUCAACGAGAUUGAGCGCAGCUCCUACACCGAGGCAAUCGUUCUCAAGACACAGGAGGAGGCGCCCACCGAGGCCCCGGCCAAUGUGCAAGUGCAGACGGGAGGCGAAAGCGAGUUGAUUGUCACCUGGCAGAUUCCACCCCGAGAGUCGUGGAAUGGCGAGCUAAUUGGCUACACCGUCAACUGCAGCGAAGAGAAACAGAACAUCAACUACAUUAGCGUCGUCAACAACUCACUGAAGUCGGUAAUCGUUAGUGGCUGGGCCACCACCAAGGCCACUUUGCGGAGUCUGCGUAAGUACACCCGCUAUGCGGUAACUGUGCGGGCCAUCAACAGCUUUGGCUCUGGACCGUGGAGUGCGGCCAUCUUUGGCACCACCGCCGAGGGAGUCCCAGAGGCUGCACCCCAGAAUGUCAAUUGUACGCCGUUGUCAUCGCAAAGCCUGAAGAUUUCAUGGCAAGAACCGCCGCUGCAAUUCCAUGGCGGUAUCAUACAGGGCUAUAAAAUUUUAUAUCGCCCGAUUGUGCAUCAAAUUGACUUUCCAGCCAAGCUAGAAAUCAAACGAACCUCAAAUCUGGAGACCUAUCUGCAUACGCUACACAAGGCCAGCAACUAUUCUGUGCGCGUUCUGGCCUAUACGGCCAGCGGCGAUGGCCUGGCCAGUCAGCCGUUAUAUUGCCAAACCGACGACGAUGUGCCCGAUGCUCCGUCUGCCAUAAAGGCCGCUGCCCUGACUGCUGAUUCGAUUUUAAUUUCAUGGCUGACGCCGAAAAAUCGCAACGGCAUCAUUUCGCAUUAUACGGUGUAUGCGCGGGAGGCGGGCCGCAAGGGUCAGGCCAAAACCCACAUGGUGCGUGUGGAUGAGAAUGGCUAUCCAGUGACAUUCGAGGCACGCAGUCUGGCCGAGAAUCAAAUGUACGAGUUCUGGGUAUCGGCAUCAACCUCAGUGGGUGAGGGUGAGCCCACUUCUGUGGUUGCCCAGGCCACCAAUACCCGAGCACCUGCUCGCAUAGCCUCGUUUGGUCAAUUGGUGCGAAAAGCAGUGGGCACUAGUCUGCUCCUGGAAUGCAAGGCAGUGGGCAAUCCCACGCCUCGUGCUCGCUGGCUAACCCGUGAUCGACCCGUGACCUUUAGUCCCUUUUACGAGGUGACCAAUGAGGGUAAUUUGAAGAUACACCGCGUCGAAGGAAGCCUCUCCGGAAAUUACACGUGCACGGCGAACAAUCUCUUUGGCAAUGACGAAAUCCAAUAUCAGGUGAUUGCCAUGAAGCCGCCAGCUGCCCCACAAAUCAUUGUGCAAUACGCUUCCGCUGACAGCAUACGUGUCAGUUGGGAUGCGCCAGACGAUGGCGGUGCCCCGUUGCAGGGCUACAGCAUCUCGUAUCAUACGGCGGGCGAAAGUUGGUCGCUAACCGAGCUACUGCCAGAGAACAACGCUUACACGAUUACAGGACUGAAGUGCGGAAAUCAGUACAUUAUAAAAAUGUCCGCUCACAAUAUGGUUGGCUCUGGUGUGGCCAGUGAGGAAAUUAAUGUCUGGACCAAAGGCAAAGCCUCCCAGGCGCCAAAUGGUAAUGAACUAAUUGCCACCAAUGCGACAUGUGUGAAUUUGAAGCUGUCAUCGUGGCAGAAUGGCGGCUGCGAUAUUCAUCAUUUCUCCAUAGAGCAUCGACCUCUGGGCGACAUACGUUGGACAGUUGUCACAUCGGAUAUUUCGAAUGCUGAGGAAAAUCGUAAAAAUUUAAUAUUCUGCGACUUUCUGCCAGCCAAAUGGUACCAACUGCGCAUCUCUGCCACCAAUGAUGCGGGCAAAACGACCGAGCAUUAUCAUUUCAGCACAACGAGCAUUGAUGGCAUCACCAUACCACCGCCUCCUGUAUUCCCCUCGGAAAACGAUUUGAUGAACAAUCUGAUAAACUCAACAAAUCCAACCAACGGUGAUUGGUUAGCGACAUUAAUUGUCCUUGUCAUAAUCACAAUGGCCAUCAUAACGAUCGCCUUGACUAUCAAACAUCGUCGUGCGCUUUGUGGUCCCAUGGCAGAAGGUUAUGAGUCCCGCACCCUGCCCGGUGAAUUCAAAGAGGAUCAUGAGAAUAGAAGGAAUCAGCAAGUUUAUAGCGCUUCUCCAGUGAAAACCGUGGAUAAGGGCAAUGAAUCGGAAAUGUACGAGAUUUCGCCAUAUGCUACAUUUAGCGUGAAUGGCGGACGAACUGGGGCACCAGCCAAGACGCCUACACGUGCCGUGGCUGCCCAGACACCUCUUGACUAUACGAUGCAGUUCAAGACAUUCGGGCAUCCAGAGGGCGAGAAUCUAAAUGCCACUGCCUAUCCUUUGUUGCCCACUUCGGGCUUUGGGCAUGUCAAGAGCAAGUCCAGUUGGCACAAGCAGCGCUAUUACAACACGGACGAUGAGUCCACGCUGAGCAAAUCAAUGACAAUUGUGGCUGGCUCACAGGCGGGUCACUCCAAGAAGUCUGCUGGGACCCGGAGCUCAAAGAACAGCAAUGCUGGAGUUGUAGCCGAAUCCGAAUCAGACACCAGCAUUAGUCCAAGUACCGAGUUCUCUAAUAUGCCCACCUAUAGAGUUCCUUGCAAAUCCUCACGCAGCAAUGAUGGACGCGCUGUCGUAGAUAUGUUCCGGCCCGACUCGAGCACCGAGUCCAACAAUGAUCAGGGCUCUCCGGCCCCCGAGCGACGACUGAAUACGCCACGUCACCUGAACAUGGGCAUGGAGAAGCGCAGCUCUGGGCAACGGAGUCGCAAACACACGGCUCAGCCGAGCAAUCACACGUUGGAGCGGCGAAAGUGCCCUGGUAGUAGCAACAGCUUAGACAGUGAGGUUGAAGCGGAAACUGCUGCCUCAUUGGCCGCUUCAAUAGCUGCCAUGACUGGUGGCAACGGCGUCGGCGGCGGAGACACUGAUUUAAAUGGCGGUUUUCGUCCGCCCACCGGUUUUCACGAUGCACGCGAAUUUAGUGAUCAGGAUGCCCUGGAUCUGGAGGUGCAGCGCGUCAUGGAGAAUACCAGCGAGGCGCAAUUGGCCAAAAUUGAUCGCGAUGAAUUAACCUCACUGUUGGCAAGGUAUCACGAGAAGAAGGAGCAGGAGCGCCAUGAAUACACCAUACACGUGUAAUCCAUAUAAAUGGCAUUCUAAACACAGACUACACACACACACACCCACACACUGAGAAAUAGAUAGAGAUUUAAGAGAUACUCGCAUACAGAGAUAUUUAAUCUGUGUGUCCUUUGAAAUUGUGGCAUUUAUAGGCAUUUAACCAGAGCAUAAACUCAACCUUACGAAUAAACAUAAAUGUGUUGUUCAUUAUUAAGUGUAAAUCUUAGUCAAACUAAAAAAAAAAACAAAAUAAACAACUAGUCUAGAGUAAGCAACCAACUAAAGACUACAACAUCUAGCUAUAAAUAACUAAGAACUCUCUAACUGACUACCAAAAACAAAAAGGACUUGCAAAAUUAUUGAUAGCUCUAGCCUUUACACAUUACACACACACAGACACACAGGUACACAUUUAAGUAUACACAAUAUAGAUAUAUCUAUGUAAUUCAAUUUGUUGUGAUAAAUUAUAUUGUUCAGAAUUGCUCGUUGAUGUAUUAUAUGGAAUAUUAUUACAACUUAUUAACUUGAAACGAAAGUGUCCCACUCAAUUGGCUUAGAGAAAAGG